UUAACAUGGCAGCCUAGAUGGCCUAGAGGCGUGCGCGAGAAAAAAACGCGUGCCGCAACCGUCUUGAAGCCGUUCACGUUCAUUUCAACCGUCGCUGCCGUCAUAUUUACUGUUGAAUUGACCGACUGUUACGGGACUUUCACGAAAGUGAGGAGACAUGUCGGACGACACGGAAGACGCGGGGGGCGACGAGCAGCAAAAGCCGCAGAAGAAAGUCGCGAAGCAUGAUAGCGGAGCGGCCGACCUAGAGAAAGUGACGGAUUAUGCCGAAGACAAAGAAAUUCGAUCUCAGGACAUUAUGUGUGCUAUGUCCAUGAUCGGUGAUCGGCACUCAAAAGAAACAGCAGAAAAGGCGGCACGACAAAAGGAGCUGUCCAAGGUGGUCAUCAAGAAGGAAGACGUUGAGUUAAUUAUGCAAGAAAUGGAGAUUCCUCGAUCAGUGGCGGAACUCAAACUGCGGGAGCACCAAGGAAAUGUGGUGGAGGCCCUGAUAGAACUGACAAACUAAUCUUUGCGUGUGAUUAAACAUUGUGUGCCAUUUUUA